AUGAGACGCAUUGGAGACAAUUCGCAAAAGGACUACGAACCCAAAACGGAAGGAUUAUUGAUUAAUGUCGGCAAAGUUCGUCCAACAAUUUCUAAAUAUCAAUCAUUGAUUCAUUCGGAUGAUCUCAAUAAAAGAUUGGAAUCGCGAAACGAUCAUUCAGCAGAUUCCCAUCUGGAUAGCUCUGAAAAAAAGCAGAAAUUUCGAAAGAACCACACGAUAGAUUCUCGAAACAAUAUGGGACGAUGCGAACAGACAUCGGAACAUAAAUAUGCAGAAUUAACUCGCUCGAAAAUGACUGAGAACGAAUGCAUCUCUUACAAGUGUAAAGAAUGUGGGAAAAUUCUCUCGACCUCGUAUAAUCUGCUGAUCCAUUGCAAUAUUCACACAGGAGCACGACCUUACAACUGUUCUAUUUGCGACAAGAGCUUCCGAUCAGCAUCCAACAUGAACAGACAUAUACGUGAUGUUCACAACGGUGUCAAGAAUUUUGUUUGCGACGUGUGCGGCCGUCGUCUCGCCUCAAGGGCGUCGAGGGACGAGCACAGACGCACCCAUACUGGCGAAAGACCUCACACGUGCGAGAUUUGUGGAAAAUCUUUCAAACAGAAGGCAUCUCUACACGUGCAUCGUCUCUAUCAUUCCCAAAUUUUAUCGCAUCAUUGCGAUUUAUGCGAUCGCAGUUUCCGGAGGAAGCAAGAAUUGGACAAGCAUGUAUCCUGGCAUUUUGAUCAAAAGCCCUAUGCUUGCGAUAUUUGUGACGAGCGUUUCCGCAGCAAGAGUUGCGUUGUUCGUCAUCAACGUACUCAUAUCGAUCAACAGUCGCAUAUUUGCCCGAUUUGUAAUGCCGGAUUCACUCAGGAACGCUAUCUGAAAAAGCACUGCGAAAACUUUCACAAAGCUGUACACAUAUAAAUAUAAACAGAAUGUUGUUUCUUUAUGGAUACGCUCUGAGAAAAUAUAAAACGAUAUAUAAAGUGUUGACCGCUAAGCUCGUUGCCGCAGUAUUCGUGAAGAUUGUACACAUGCUGUAACGUCGUUCUAGUCAAAGUGAAAUGUUAAUCGUAAUAUGAAAUGAAUUAUCACGGUUUUUCAUAAUAUAAAUCUAUGUGAAUUCUUAAUUAAGAAAAAUUGAAAAACAUUCAGUCGAAUAAAAUCCUAACGAAUAAAGAAGAGGAAAAAAAGGAAUCAGGAGCAAGAAUCCCGAAGAAAGACAACUUUUACAUAUCACAAAUGUAUCUUUUGAUGAUAAAUUUGAAUUGAAAUAUUAUAUAAAGUGCCACUGAUAGAACGCAAAGAUGUCAGCAAAUCAAGUAAGAAGCCGUAUCGAAUCUUUGGAAGAAUCGUUUUUCUGCUACAAAUGUAACCGAUUCAUCAAACAAACAGAGUUAGACUGUCAUAUUUUGAUCGAUCAUAACAAAAUAAAUGUUUGCUUUUAUUGUAAUAUAAUCUGUCUCGAUCGGAAAACACUUAUAAAGUAUCAUGAAGAAUGGCACAAAACAAGACACACAGACAUUUGCCUUUUUUGUCCUGCAGCUUAUAAGGGAUUGAUAUGUCGCAGAAAAAAGCAAGGUAAAAUUCAAUAUAAAUGUGUGUACUGUCAUAAAGUUUUCUAUACAUCGAAGAAUCUGUAUAAUCAUCUACGUAUACACAAAAAGCCGUAUAGUUGUUCUACCAGUAUGGCGGAAUUCAAUACAAAACAAUCGUUACGAUGGCAUCUUAUCAACAAACAUUUCGAAAAGCCAUGCGACUGGUUGCCAAGCCUUGAAAAUGUUAAACAUUUUAAAAAUUUAAUUGUAACCCGAUAAGAGCAAAUAAGAAAAAAAUAUCUCGACUUCUCGAACUUAUUUCUUUUUAUGUCGAUAUGGUUCGGAAAUGUUAGAUGAUUUAUUCGGUUUAUUGAUUAAUUUUUUGUAUUAUGGAUUAAAGAGAAUCUUGCAUGUGUGUAAAGACAAUUUAGAAUGUAUUGGUACUGGAUAUAAUUUCGUCAUUAUUCUCGAGAAAAUAAUAUCCUUUGGACUUUUUAACAAUUAUUGGACAAAAAUAAUUAAACAAAAAAAAGCUUUGACUAGAUGCUAUCAAGAAAGAAGUAGACGUGAAAUGACAACAAUAUUCUGUAAUUUUGAAAAGUUAACAUCAAAUUCUGCUGCAAAAUUUAUUAAAUAAUAUCAGAAGAAGAAGAUUGAACAAAACAAGUUAUUAAAGAAUCAAAUUAUGCACGAACGAACCGUCCAUAGCUACUCUUGACAAAAGUACAAGAUAUUCGCCGGAAAACAUAAUAAUAAAAUUAAUUCGAUUCAAACUGAAGCAUUCAAUACGAUCGAUGAAGAGCCAAAGAAUAUUCCCUCUCUUACAAAUAAUAUUGCUAAUGAUCAACCAAUUAAAUGUUUACCGUCUCAAAUAAAUAUAUUUUCCAAAAUGCAUUCGUCAAAUAAAUCAACAAGUGACAAGCAGAAAAAUAAAAAUACAAAAGAUAAAGGUCCUGCUAGAUUGACGCGCGCAAAUGGUGCAAAGGAAACGAAAGACAUUUCGAUAGAACAUAACGCCGAGAUAAACGCUAAUGCUUGUCUAGAAAAAAAUACCAAACAAUGUAAAACCGAAAGAAUUUCAUCCAUCAAUGAUGCAGCAAUGAUUUGCAAGUUUUGUAAUAAAAAGUUUUCUUCACGGAAAAGCCAUUGGGCUCAUGUACGCACGCAUACGGGAGAGAAAUCGUAUACGUGCCAUAUUUGUGGUAAGCAAUUUAUCCAGGGCGGUAGUCUAUAUUAUCAUCUGAAGCACGUGCAUGAUGGCGUGAAGAACCACACUUGCGACAUGUGCGGUCGGAGUUUUGCUAUGAAGACAGCCAUGGAGGAUCAUCGGCGCAUCCAUACCGGUGAACGCCCAUACGUAUGUCACACCUGUGGCAAGACAUUUAAGACUAAAGCAUCCCUUUAUAUACAUAGUAAGAUUCAUACAGAUGAAUUCCCACAUAAGUGCAUCUAUUGCGCCAAGAGAUUUCGCUGGAAACAGCAGAUGCUGGGUCACUUGACGGUGCACACGGGUGAAAAAAAUCAUACGUGCGAAAUAUGCGGCAAGGGUUUCGGCGUGAAGAACGACUUGACUAGGCAUAAGCGUAUCCACUCCGAGGAAAAGCCAUAUACGUGUCAGCAAUGCGGCAUCAGCUUUGGUCAGAAACGUUAUCUCAAAAGUCACGAACGUUUAAGAUUAGGAAUGUGCGGGUAUUCGCAAGAAUAAAAUCGAAUCAAAUCCGAUUAAUUUUAGUCUCACAUUGGAAUUGAAUUUGAAUAAUUGCGAAUUUAAAUAUUCUUGAUCGAGAACUCAUAAAUUAUCUUCUUAUGAAUUAUUUCAAAUGAUUACAUAUCUUAAGAUAUGGAUAUAUAUAUUUCCAAAUAAGUGACUUUUGAAAUAUAUUUCUAUUCUAAUAUAUAAUAAUAUGACAGAAGAUUCAAUUACAACGACAAUAAUUUAAAAUUUGAGCAGCACAGAAUAUAAUAUAAAGGCAAGAUAUAUUUUUAUCAUAGAACAUGAAAUCGUUAAACAUCAUGUAUAGCAUCAUUGAAAAUUGACAUUUUAGGAUAUUUUUUUAGGAAAUACUAAAAAUAUAUGUUUAUUUAUUUAUAUUAAUACUAAAUUUCUAUUUGUAAUUAUACUUUAUAUUAUAGAAUAAAUCACGCAAAUCCAUGACUUGUGAUAUUCCAAAACAUAUAGUGUAACUUAUUUAUUAUCUAUCUAGAUUAUAAGACAAUAAUAAUAGUUAUAUUGUAUAAAACAUUCCAAUAUG